CUCCUCAACUCUCUUACCAAAAUCACCCCCUGCUCUAAUGCUACCACAACUGCUGCUACAUAUUAUCAUAUUUACCUCACCACUCCCAGCCUUUCUUCCCUGUCUACAUAACUGACCUUCCUCGCUCCCUGGAGCUCCAUCACCUCUGUGCCGGUAUACUUCUUUUGGGUAAUGCACUGUUUGUUGGUCUCAAAUUAAUAGAAGGGAAGGAAAGAGAGAAGAGAGAGAGAGCGAGAGGAUAAGGGAGGCCGGGAGCUUUUGGAAUCUAUGGGAGAAUUUUCGGGGAAAGGAAGCAUCACAAAUCGGGAUUCACCAUGAAUACUUCAUCCCAUUUGAUCUCCACUCACUCCUCCCAAUCCGAGUACGAUGAGGAGACAAGCAUGGAGACUACGAAUUGGCAGCAAAUGCCGCCUGUUAGGCAGACAGCAUCGUCGCCAAUUGCCGGGGGUGGCGCGCCCUCUUCAGUCCCAGCUAAAGCGCAAACCCUACCACUCCAGAAGCGCCGUAGAGUCACUCGGGCUUGCGACGAAUGUCGGAGGAAGAAGAUUAAGUGUGAUGGCAAACAGCCUUGCACCCAUUGCACUGUUUACAGUUAUGGUUCGUGUCGCCUUUUCUAUUUUCUAUUUUCGGGGCAAGAUGUCCCCUUCCUGCCUCGUUUUACUGCCCCUGUGCGAAUUAAACUUUAUUUAAGGCAGCGGAGGAGGAGUUUCCGUCUAAACUAACAUUUGCGGUAUGGUUGUGAAUAGAAUGCACCUACGAUCAACCCUCAAAUCGAAGGCGUAACCCUGCCCCGCAAUACAUCGAAGCCCUGGAGACGCGGCUUCAUCGGAUGGAGGCUCUGCUCAAAGUAUUACUUCCCGAUGUUGAUGUGAACCAUCCAAACUUUGACCUCAGCAAGUUGCUAUCGCAGAUGCAGACGAACGGAGUAGCCCGUAACGCGGGAAAGGAUGUAACCGCAGGUUGUGGCCGCGCCCCAGGCGUUAACGGGAGCGCUGCAACAUCUAUACCGGUGGAGAAGGAUUCCCUUUUGGAAUCCAUGGUCGAAGCGGCUGGCCGUCUGGACAUUGAUGAGAGUGGGCAUAUGGACUUUCAUGGCCAUUCAUCGGGGGUAGCCUUUCUCGCCCAUCUUAACACACAGCUGUCGGAUCUACUCGGCGAUGAUGCUACCGCGAAGGCCAUGUUAAAAGUGCGCGCUGCAGCCUUCCCGGCGGUCUUUGACACCCCUGGCUCAACGGCCGAUUCCCCCUUCGAUGGCCAUGCCCCAAAUACUUCCAUGUUACCUGCAAGGGAGGUCUCAAAGGUUCUGCUGGACGUUUGUAUGGAUGAUGCUUGUGUCCUCAUGCGCUUUGUGCACCGGCCGACCUUUGAUGAUAUGACGAAUCGAAUAUAUGAGAAGGAUCCGAAUGAUUUCGGGGAUGACGAGAACAAUCACCUACCAUUGCUAUAUCUCGCUCUUAGUGUUGGAUGCAUAUUCUCUAGUGACCUUUCGCAGAUUGGAAUUCCAGACCCGGUUGCCGAAGGGUGAGAUUGAGAUCCAUGGGGCCCAGUGUCCGAUCACUAUUGACGAUUUUUAGGACUAAAUAUUUCAAUAUCGGGCGUCGUAUGAUAGAGAUUACAGAUUGCUGGGAUAUCCCAUCCAUCCAGUGUGUUGUCAUGAUGGUUCUGUUUCUUCAGUCGUCUGCUAGGAUGUCAACAUGCUACUCCUACGUGGGGAUAGCUUUGUCUGCCUCGGUGCGCAUGGGGCUUCAUCGUUCGUUGCCAGAGACAACGUUUGAUCCUAUCGAGCGUGAAACUCGGAAACGGGUAUUUUGGACUGUGCGGAAGAUGGAUACGUAUGUGGGCGCCUUGUUAGGUUUGCCAAAGGGGAUCGCGGAUGAGGAUAUAGAUCAGGAGAUGCCGGCCGAAGUGGAUGAUGAGUUUAUCACCAAAGAUGCUAUCCUCCCGCAACCAGAUGGAGUGAUGCCGGUGAUUCUUGCAGCAAAUGCCCAUUGCAGGCUAUUGAAGGUAAUGGCAAAGAUGGUGAAAUACAUAUACCCCCUGAAGGGGGUCGAGGCUAGCGUUACCGGGAAGGGAUCGAGUUACAGUGUCAGCUCUUCAAAACUGCGCGAGAUUGAGGGCGACCUUCAGGAAUGGCUCGAGAAGUUGCCAAUGCAGUUGAGGCCGGGAGGAGAUACUCCCGAAGAGUUACAGAAGUAUAUGAUCCACCCUGCAGCCAUAGCAAAAUGCUGAUCUAAAACAGGGUACAAUACCUCUUGAAGAUGGCUUUUGCUCACGUCCAAAUGAUGCUAUACCGUCCUUUCCUGCAUUACAUCUCCCGUCCGAAAAACGAAGGCUGUGAUGAGCGGCCUUAUGCCAGCGCCGCCAACUGCGUGAACGUUUCUAGGAAGAUCGUCCACACGGCGGGCGAGAUGAGAAGAUUGGGUAUCCUUAAUGGCGCCUACUGGUUCACGAUGUAUACAUGCUUCUUUUCCGUCAUUACCCUUGUGUACUUUGUGCUGGAGAGCCCGGAGGAGAUAACUUCCUUGGCGGUGCUGCGGGAUGCGGAGACGGGCAGGGAGUUAUUGGAAAGCAUGAAGGAUAGGAGCCUAGCUGCGAAAAGAUGCUCGGUGGCAUUGGCGGUGUGUUGCACCCAGUGUUUGAAGGGGAGCACUUGUACUGACGUAUCAGACGCUCUUUGGAAACCUUCCAGAAAACCUCCGGCCGGGAUUAGAAAAAGCAAACUUGGCAACCGGAAAGAAGCGGGCCAGGGCAGGCUCGCAAACAAAAGCCGGCUCGGAAGACCCACCGGCACACUGGAGCAGCCGAGAGUCAUCCGGCACCAUAUCACCGGAUGUAGAUGAGCAAAAUCGACGUUCCAGAACCUUUCCUUUGUCCCCAAUGGUCGAGUCGAGACGACAGUCAAUGCCGCUAGAGCUCCAGAGGGGCAACCUCACGCCCACCCAGGAUCCCCACGUAACACGAAGGGGCUCGUAUGAGCUCUACCACACAGGCUCCGGCUUCUCAUCUGGCGUAGAGACCCCAGAUCAGACAAUGUCCUUCCAGUUACCCGGGAGCGGGCUGCUGGACCUCAAUCAAAUGAUGUUCCAGUCAACAGACCCCUUCGGCUACAACUACUCGUCAAUACAUGCUCCGCACUCAACAACCUACGCUGAGCGCCCGCAAGGCACCCCUGGUAAAAUGGACCAUAGCUCGUCCCCCCCCGAAAGCCACUUCCGUGCGUCCGGCAGUGGCGGGAGUGGUAACCCAUACGACAGUCUUGAAGUGCAACUAUUCGGUCCCCUCCCACCGUACCUCCUCCAAGGCCAGCCCGAGGUUCCGGAAGGCUCUUCCCCGGUCACGCCAGGUCCGGACAUCCGGAUGAUCCCUAGCAGCAGUACCCAGCUGAACUUUAUGGGCGUUACCUCGGGGCCUGCUGGACUUGAUGGGCUCUUCGGAGGUGAGUGGGAUGAGAUGUUGCAGAGGCAGGGCAAUCCUUAGAUUUGGAGCCUUUCUUUUUCCUUUCCACCAGUUCUGCUUGCCUUUAGGAACAUUUUUGUCGCUUUUACGCUACAAAUAGGUUACCGGUAAUGGAAUUCCCACCCCUUCUCCCUUUCACAUUUCCCCUCCUUUUUUCUUGUCCGUUCACAGGUUUCCUUCCCUGUAUCUAUCUACCUGCAUCGCUGGCGUACCUUUUUUUUUUCCCUUCUUUUUUCUAUCAUUGAUUGAGGCAUGUGUCCAUUGUAUCACCUACUCGUAUUCUCUCAUUACCCAGUCAUUGGUUCAUUAGCUCGUUCAUUCAUUCCUUUAUUCGUUCGUUACCCACAUUAGCAAAGGGAUGUUUUUCUUGCCGGGGGGAUAGGUCUUGGAAACAUGAGAGAAAAGCUGAGGUAGAUUGGAGUUGGGUGUAUUUUUCGUCAUUUUCACCAUUGGAGUAUAUUGCUGUGUUUUUGUUUUGUUUUGUUUUGUUUUUUUUGGUGUGGAGAUAUGAGCACGGUGCUGUACUGUGCGAGUAUCGUGUUGGUCGUUUCAUCGAUGGAUUGAUGUGGUGCACUCUACCGUACCCCGCGAGAAAAGUCCGAUUGGUCGGUAUGGGGUUAACCGAGGUUGUGGGUGGGGUUCCCGUAGCUUGGGCGAGUGAGGGGUUGUGUGAGCGAUUUCGUGUGUUGGGAUCGUGGGUUCGAGGGAGAGAGGAGAGGGGUGUGAGAUCUUUUCCUUCAAAUUUAAUAAUGAUGGGGCAUGCACUGGAUACUUGGCUCACCCCCAGAGGCGAUGCCAGGAAAUUUUGGCCAGGCCCAAGACGAGUUGGCUGGCGUUGCAAAACCUUGGCUUUGAAAGGUUGUGUAUGGAUGUUCCACGGUUAUGAUACUUUAUAGAUAUAUGAGAGGAGGAAGUAAUCCUGGCACCGAUAGCUACAUAGUGCGAGUCCAAGCGGGCCUCUCAUACUCCACCAUGCCUCAUCCCACCCAUAACCCACGCUGACCGGCAACAUCAAGCAUCUCACGAACAUCCCGAUUGAUAACAGACCCAUCCCCACCGGACAAAUCAGAACAUCACACGCGAAACGUAAUCUAUCCUAAGCCUAUCCGCUUUUUGCAUCCUUAAACGGCCACGGGCCACUGGCUUGCCGGGCCAAGAUGCCUAGCAGAUCUAUCAGUACGACAAAAAUGCGGCGGGACAUGUAUACGCGCACACUUUAGCAGAGAACAUCCCGCAGCCGUGAGCACGAUAUAAUGGGGCCUUUACGUCUGAAGAUUGUCGCAUUUCUCGAUCGAAGAGGCACAAGUCAGGUUAAAUUACCGGGAAGAUCAACCUACUAUUUAUCUAUCUUACCCCGAGCCCACCACACCGCAAUGCCUCGGGGAAGGGGAGGGAAGCGGGGGUUAAGAGUGCUGACGGUUGCUGACCAAGUGGGUUGGGAGAUUUGGGCAAUGCAGCGGUAGGGCUGAGAUCUUCCAGGCCCCGGAAGGCACUUUCUCGAUAGCUUGUGCCCGGGUUGGUGGGC